GGGGGGCGGCGGGGGGGGCGGGGAUUGGGGUACCGCCGCCGCGGACCUGGGUCUGAGGCCAGGCCGGGGCGGGAUGAUGGAGGAGGAGGAGCUCGAGUUUGUGGAGGAGCUGGAAGCCGUGCUGCAGCUCACCCCGGAGGUGCAGCAAGCCAUAGAACAGGUGUUUCCAAGUCAGGAUCCUCUGGACCGAGCAGAUUUCAAUGCUGUGGAAUAUAUCAAUGCCCUUUUCCCGACAGAACAAUCUUUGGCAAACAUAGAUGAAGUCGUGAACAAAAUUCGAUUGAAAAUAAGGCGACUGGAUGACAACAUUCGAACGGUUGUGAGAGGUCAGACUAACGUGGGACAGGAUGGAAGGCACGCACUGGAAGAGGCUCAGAAAGCCAUUCAGCAGCUCUUUGGCAAAAUUAAAGAUAUCAAAGAUAAAGCAGAAAAAUCAGAGCAAAUGGUUAAAGAAAUCACACGGGACAUUAAGCAGCUAGACCACGCCAAACGCCACCUGACCACGUCCAUAACCACACUGAAUCACCUGCACAUGUUGGCAGGAGGUGUGGACUCUCUUGAAGCCAUGACAAGGCGGCGACAGUAUGGAGAAGUUGCCAACCUUCUACAGGGUGUAGUGAAUGUCUUGGAACAUUUCCAGAAAUAUAUGGGAAUUCCACAGAUUCGGCAACUUUCAGAGAGAGUAAAGGCCGCCCAGAUGGAGUUAGGACAGCAGAUCCUGGCUGAUUUUGAAGAAGCUUUUCCUUCCCAGGGUACUAAGAGGCCUGGAGGCCCCAGCAAUGUCUUGCGAGAUGCUUGUCUGGUUGCUAACGUAUUGGACCCCAGGAUCAAACAGGAAAUCAUCAAGAAGUUUAUUAAGCAGCACCUCUCUGAAUACCUGGUGCUCUUUCAAGAAAACCAGGAUGUUGCCUGGCUCGACAAAAUUGACAGACGCUAUGCCUGGAUAAAACGCCAACUUGUGGACUAUGAAGAGAAAUAUGGGCGCAUGUUUCCACACGAAUGGUACAUGACCGAGAGGAUUGCUGUAGAGUUUUGCCAUGUCACCAGGGUGGAACUUGCCAAGAUCAUGCGUACCCGAGCCAAGGAGAUAGAAGUGAAGUUGCUUUUGUUUGCUAUUCAGAGGACAACCAACUUCGAGGGACUUAUGGCCAAGCGUUUUUCUGGCUGCACACUGACGGACGGGGCCCCGAAAAAAAUUGAGGCCCCUCCUCCGUCCACCAAUCCUUUCCUGGAAGAUGAACCUGGACCUGAGAUGGAGGAAUUGACGAUGGAUAAAGGGGACUUAGAUCAGCCAAAGAAACCAAAAGUCCCAGAAAAUCCAUUCCAUGGAAUCAUUUCCAAAUGUUUUGAGCCUCAUCUCUACGUAUAUAUUGAAUCCCAGGACAAGAAUCUUGGGGAACUGAUUGAUCGAUUUGUUGCUGAUUUCAAAGCCCAGGGACCUCCCAAACCCAACACGGAUGAAGGUGGGGCUGUUCUGCCCAGUUGUGCCGAUCUCUUUGUCUAUUACAAGAAGUGCAUGGUCCAGUGCUCACAGCUCAGCACCGGGGAGCCAAUGAUUGCUCUGACUACCAUAUUCCAGAAGUAUCUCCGAGAAUAUGCUUGGAAAAUACUCUCUGGCAACUUACCCAAGACCACUAGCACCAGUGGAGGGCUGACCAUCAGUAGCCUCCUCAAGGAGAAAGAGGGCUCAGAAGUGGCCAAGUUCACCCUAGAAGAGCUCUGUCUCAUCUGCAGCAUCCUGAGCACAGCUGAGUACUGCUUGGCCACCACCCAGCAGCUUGAAGAAAAACUCAAAGAAAAAGUUGAUGGGAGCCUUAUUGAAAGGAUCAACCUGACAGGGGAGAUGGACACAUUCAGCACGGUCAUCUCCAACAGCAUUCAGCUGCUAGUUCAGGAUCUCGAUGCUGCCUGUGACCCUGCUCUUACUGCCAUGAGCAAGAUGCAAUGGCAAAAUGUUGAGCACGUUGGUGACCAGAGUCCGUACGUCACCUCUGUGAUUCUUCACAUAAAGCAGAAUGUCCCCAUCAUCCGUGACAACCUGGCCUCCACCCGCAAGUACUUCACUCAAUUCUGCAUCAAAUUUGCAAACUCCUUCAUUCCCAAGUUCAUCAACCAUCUCUUCAAGUGCAAGCCCAUCAGCAUGGUGGGAGCAGAACAGCUGCUGCUAGACACCCAUUCUCUGAAGAUGGUUCUGCUGGAUCUGCCUUCCAUUGGCUCCCAGGUGGUGAGGAAAGCCCCUGCCAGCUACACCAAGAUCGUCGUGAAGGGCAUGACCCGGGCUGAGAUGAUCCUGAAGGUGGUGAUGGCCCCUCAUGAGCCUUUGGUGGUGUUCGUUGACAACCUCAUCAAACUCCUUACGGACUGUAACACAGAAACCUUCCAGAAGAUACUGGACAUGAAGGGCCUGAAGAGAAGCGAGCAGAGCAGCAUGCUGGAACUCUUCCGCCAGAGGCUCCCCACCCCGCCAUCAGCGUCCGAGGGGCCGGGCUCCGCGUCCCUGACAGCGCCAACACCCGAACAGGAGUCAUCCCGCAUCCGAAAACUGGAGAAGCUCAUCAAGAAAAGGCUCUAAGCCAGCGGGAGAGGGCAUCCUCCAGCACCCCGCAGGCAGCUGUUUUAGACGGCCUGCCUCCCUCUCCCCAACUUUUCCAUAGCAGCAACCCCUCAUGUUUUUCUGGGAAAUUUGGGUUUGUUAAUGUCCAUUUUGCCAUAUUGUGUGCUUAUCCCUUACCCAAACUAUGAAGCCAAUUUGGUAGGAGAAAAAGGGAAAGGGGUCCAAGGCAGGUUAUAUCUGUUACAGGGGCUGGUAACAGAAUCAUCACUAAUUCCUAAAAACAAUCUUGAGCUUUUGAUUUUUAUCCUCUAACUUCUUUACUGUCAUGUAAUUUUUAGGGACUCGUUGCCUGUCCCUUCUAGCCCUCCCCCCAAGUUCCUCAGCUUGAAACUGCCCAAUGAUAACUACAGUAAAAAGCCUGCUUCCCCCCUCCCUCUGGAAUCCUGUCCCAUUAGCCCUCGGGAAUGCUUUGGAGGGACCUCGAAGCCCCGAGUCUGGGGAGUGACCAGUGCUCCUGGCACAUGCCUGCCAACUAAUUUUCCUUGGGUAUUAUGGUUUGCUUUUGCCUGGGUUCACCAUUUGGCCAAGUUACAUCUCUGUUCUUUCCAAGUUUUCCAACUUUGGAUCUAGUUUCUCCUGCCUUCUAAGGAAGCUUUGCCCUGUCUGUGGGCCCUAUGAGGCUGUGACCAUUGGGAGAGUAGACAGACAUCUGCUUUGGGGAAAGGCUCAUCGUCCUUACUUGGGAGGGUUGCAGAACUUGUUUCCCAUUCCCAUUUCUGUGUUCUGCUCUCCCUUCAUCCUCACUCCCACGGCCCCAGGAGCUCUUGUUGAGCUGAGUAGCCGGCAAACCCAGGAAUCUCCCUUGGCAGAGUCAAACCUACUAGAGAGCACUAUGGGAGGGCCAUGGCCUCCAUCGCUUUUCCAUCCUAGUGAAAUUCAGACACAGCCCUUGUCCCUGUCCAUUCCUAAGGUGAGUUUGAAAUGACAAAUGUUAUAUAGGUGCAUAACUGGAAUGCCAUCUUACCAAUUACUAAUGAAAAGAGCACCAAGGGCUUAUGAAGCAAACUAUUUGUCUGAAAGAACUGACUUUUAGAGGGCAACUAGGUGGUGCAGUGGAUAGAGCACCAGCCCUGAAGUCAGGAGGACCUGAGUUCAAAUCUGGUCUCAGACACUUAACACUUCCUAGCUGUGUGACCCUAGGUAAGUCACUUAACCCCAAUUGCCUCAGCAAUAAAUAAAUAAAAAGAACUGACUUUUAGCUGGCUCACCAUGCUAGUCCCUCCUUGCUCCUAGCAAUCCUUCUAACCUGAUCAGCUCUCAGAGAUAAUAGCACAAAAACCCCUUAGUUUCCUAGAGAACAAGUAUUCCUCCUUAAUCAUUAGGAAGCCAUUUCCUGUGACCACAGAAAGCAUGAAAUGUCUGUAGCUACCAAAUUUCUUCAGAAGCCAACUUAGGAUUAACUCUAAGAAUAAUGGCUAGAUAAAUGGUGGCCCAUUUUGGUCCAUGUUCUUUAUUCAAUUAUCUGUAUUUCAGAAGGUGUGUGGGAGGGAAGGAGGAGAUGUAGUCUUUCAUUCAACAUAUCCCAUGUCAACUGAAGGCCAAUGUGACCUGUGAAGGAGGAGAGGAUGAGGAAGGGUUCUGAGGAAUUCUAAGUUUGAAAAUCAAAAAAUAGGUUGACUUCUCUUUCCCUCUCUGUUGAUCAUUCCAUGCCAUUAACCUAUUUCCCUGAUUUGCUUCACUUGGUCCCAACUCUGGUCUUCUGGAUUUAUUUCCUUGAUUUUGAUCUUUUCAUGCUAAUUACGGGGGCUUUUCAAACCUAGACUUCUUUAUAUUGUAGGGGAGACAGAUGAGAAAUCAGGAUUUGGGAGAGUAUAAUUUGAUUUUGACAUACAGGUUAGGUAAUCAGAAGACCGCUGUGGGGCUGACCUACAUCUUUCAGGGGUAUUAGGAUGGAAACGGGGUUGGCUUUGGAAAAGAUCAUUCAGCUGACACUAACUGAAUUUCACUUCUUGCUUUCUUUGGAGUUGAUAAUAUCUCCCUUUUGCCCUGUCCCACUUUUGUGACGGUUGGUUUGAAUGGAAUAAGAAUUUCCUUCUUUGAUUUUCUUUUGUCUCUAGAAGGUUUCUUUAGAUAACUAGCUCAGCAGGUUGUGAAAGGCCUAGUUUUCGGCAUUUAAUGAGACUGGUUCCUUUCUGGGAUGAUCUGCUGAGAUACACUUACUCCUCAAUGCCUCGAGUCUCCAGUACCUCCUCUGGUAGCAGUAGGUGUUGGAUGAAGUACUGUGCUUCCCCUGGCUGAAUACUGCAGAUGGGCCUUGUGUUGUGAUGCUAUGGAGAGGUUUCUUUGGAUAGACAUCUUACUGGCUCUUUAACCAAAAUAUGUUUAUGGUAUAUUAGAAGUAGUUCAGAUAUCACAAUCUUUCCUGAUUGCUCACUGCUUAAAUGUAUAGUUGAGGUUGAUGCUGUGGACCAUACCCCAGGCCUGACUUUUCCACACUGACUAGACUCUUGAUAUUCAGACUUUAUUAACAUUGUUCUCACUUUGGAGCAACCUGCCUGACAAGAGCAACAGUUGACAGCUUUGUUGUUUGGUUAACUUUAAAUCGACACCUACUGCUCUCAAUUUCCCAGAUCCUUUAAUGAAAAAAGAAAGUCCCAACACUUGAAAGUGGAUGAAGCCAAAUAUCUGCAGAUAAUGUUGGUCAUUUACAACCCCCCAAAAGCGAUGCCUUCUGUAGGUGCUUUUCCAUUUGGGUUGGAUCGGUGGUGGCUCUUUCCUUUGGAUUAUUUAGAGUAAAAAAAUCAGUAUAAACCUCACCUGAGCAGGAAGAGUCUAGCCUAGAGAGGUAAGCUCGGGGAUGUGUUCAUAGCAUGGAAAUAGAAACUCAUGAAUGAUGGAAUCCUACGGUUAAAAAUAGCCAAUGCUUUGUCCUAGAGAGUUCCAAACUCUCUUUGAAUUACAAAUUGAAUUAAAUGGGAUCUUGUUCUUCCCCACUCCUAAACAACCAACCGGACUUGCUGGUCGGCAUAUCAACCACCGGGCUGCCGCUUUGUCCUGCCUCCCAUGACAACAGUCCCUUUAUGCUUUCUCAUAUUCAGUCACUUUACUUAAGUGGAAAAUAAAUGUAACAAAGCAGAUAGAUUAGUUCUAGAAAGAUCUAGCUAACUAUUGGCAGAUCAGCCGAGGGAACUCGCCAGCCCAGCCAGAUGCUGGUAGAAUAUAGGGCUUUGUACUGAAACACUAUAGACACACCAGCCAAGGUGCCUCAGCUUCCUUUUUACAUCUCGGAUGUAAUCAGGGUGCUCGCAGAUGGUUUAUGUAUCUUGUUCUGGUUGGAAUCUUUAUUCAAAAUAAGCAUAGUGGUGGUGAGAGAAUUGAGCCAAAUACCGAACACACAGGCAUAUUGGAAAGCCACUUUACAUAAAGGAUGUGUAUGUCUUUUAUAUGUAAAAUAAUUUCCUAUUUCCUUGUAUUUAUCAAACUGGGUGCUUCUGGAACCCUCAAAUUGGACACUUAUGUAAGAUGUAAAUUUCCUUCCAAUAAAAGUGGUGUUUUUUUGUUGUAUA